AUGGAAUGGUGGAAGCUUGGCUUAGCACCACCAACAUUUGAGUCAGUUGAGAUGCUCAUCAAAGAAGGAAAGGUUCUUCAACACACUGUGGACUUGGAGUGUUUGGGACUGGAGAUAUUUUUUUGUCUAACACAUUUAAAAUUUUUACUUUUAACAGAAAUUAGCAGAGUACGGAAAGACAUGUACAAUGACACAUUAAAUGGCAGUACAGAGAAAAGGAGUGCAGAAUUGCCUGAUGCUGUGGGACCUAUUGUUCAGUUACAAGAGAAACUUUAUGUGCCUGUAAAAGAAUAUCCAGAUUUUAAUUUUGUUGGGAGAAUCCUUGGACCUAGAGGACUUACUGCUAAACAGCUUGAAGCAGAAACAGGAUGUAAAAUAAUGGUCCGAGGCAAAGGCUCGAUGAGGGAUAAAAAGAAGGAGGAGCAGAACAGAGGCAAGCCUAACUGGGAGCAUCUCAAUGAAGAUUUACAUGUACUGAUCACUGUGGAAGAUGCUCAAAACAGAGCAGAGAUCAAACUGAAGAGAGCCGUUGAGGAAGUGAAGAAAUUACUGGUACCUGCAGCAGAGGGAGAAGACAGCCUGAAGAAGAUGCAGCUGAUGGAGCUUGCAAUUCUGAAUGGCACCUACAGAGAUGCCAACAUUAAAUCACCAACAGCCCAGGCUGCUCCAAGGAUUAUCACUGGGCCUGCGCCUGUUCUCCCACCAGCUGCCCUGCGUACUCCUACGCCAGCUGGCCCUACCAUAAUGCCUUUGAUCAGACAAAUACAGACCGCUGUCAUGCCAAACGGAACUCCUCACCCGACUGCUGCAAUAGUUCCUCCGGGGCCCGAAGCUGGUUUGAUCUACACACCUUAUGAGUACCCCUACACGUUGGCACCAGCUACAUCAAUCCUUGAGUAUCCUAUUGAACCUAGUGGUGUAUUAGAGUGGAUUGAAAUGCCAGUCAUGCCUGAUAUUUCAGCCCAUUGACUUGCUGGAUGAAGGACUAGAAUACAGCAGCUGUUAUAACACGACCAGUCAAUGUGGGACAAACUGUUUCCGUGCUGCCCCUUUGUUUUACCAGACAGAAUUUGAAUACUUUUUUUUCCUUGAAUUGUAUAUGACCUUGGUGCUGCAUGCAUGCUGUUGACUCUUAGAACUUUGAUCUUUUAAGGUUUUUUUUUUUUCCAGCAUUAAUACUGAUUUAUAAAAAUUUGAAAGUCUUUAAUGAACCCGGACACUAAGAUUUAAACUUGAAAAUUAUUUGUUCAAUUAAAGAAAGCUGCAGUGCUCUGUAUGUUAUCUGUGUGUGUGCACGCACUCAGGUGCCUUUUGUUUCAUGAGCAAAUAUAGUUUAUUGUACAUGGUUUCCGUUUAUCUCUAAAUCAUUGUAUAAAGUGUCACAGGUUAGAAUUAUACUAUAGAAUUGUUUAUGAGAGGCUUGUUUCUGUUGCACACUUCUUGAAGCAUUUUUAAAAUAACAUGUAACAUGUAACCUGUUUACGUUUCCUUUCUGUUAACGCUCUGUCCUGUGGCCCCAUGCCUGCUCCUUUCCCCAGAGCUCCUCUCUGCUGCACGCACAGCGUCUGUUCGAGGAGUUUGUUGCUUCCUGCAGGGCUGGCACUCUUAGCCACCAGCUGCUGUUCCAGCACUCUCAAUGCAAGAUCUCGCUGAUUUUGCCUCGUGGAAUUAUACUUGUCUAAGAUUAGUUUAUCUAAAAUGAAAAAGGGGUGAUGGACCAGUUUACUGCUUAGAAACAGCAAGAGGCACUGCAGUUUCUCAUUUUAAGCAAUGUGUUUUUUGUUGUGUUGGGAAAUUUUUAUUUAUAAUAAUAGACUGACAAAAGCAAAAUGUACAGAUACCUAAUUGGCAUUCAUAAAAUGAAUAAUAAUGAGUACUAAAUGACCAAAAUCCAUUAUCAAUCUUAUUUCUCGCUUUGCCACCUAAGCAGUAAAACAUGACAUUGAGCACUUGGAGAACUGAGAAAAUUAUCUCAAAUUGCUAAGUUAUAAUAAAUUUGCACACAGAUAACAUGCAUGAUAUAUAUCAAGUCUCCCAUCAUAUUAUUUUAAAAUAAGCAGUGCCCUUCAAAACAGAUGCAGACAUGUGUGUUGGUGGUAGUGAGGAGAUUGGUAUUAGCAUCAAAUCUUCAUUGAUGACUAAUUUUUAAUUCCCUUCCUUUUAU